CCGAGGUGCGGGGACGCGGGACCUGGGCCCUGGGCGGAGUCAGGUGACUGGGGGCGGUCCCGCUCCACCUGCGUCGGGAACAGGUCGGACUGGAGUUGGAGCCUGAACCAGGAAGUGGCUGUGGGCCGGGCCGGGACAGAACAGGGUGCGACUGUCCCGGGGAGGGGAGAACGCUGUCCUGGCACCGAGUGGCUGCAGGAUGAGUUCGACCGAGGACGAUUACAACUUUGUAUUUAAAGUGGUGCUGAUCGGCGAAUCUGGGGUGGGGAAGAGCAACCUACUGUCUCGCUUCACCCGCAACGAGUUCAACCACGACAGCAGGACCACCAUCGGAGUGGAGUUUUCCACACGUACCGUUACUGUGGAUGGAGUGGCCGUGAAGACGCAGAUCUGGGACACGGCCGGGCUGGAGCGUUACCGCGCCAUUACCUCCGCGUAUUACCGAGGGGCAGUAGGGGCCCUGCUGGUGUACGACAUCUCCAAGCACCAGACGUACGAGAACGUGGAGCGGUGGCUGACCGAGCUCCUGGACAAUGCUGACAACAACCUGGUGGUGAUGCUGGUGGGGAACAAGAGUGACCUGUCUGAGAUCCGCACUGUGCCCAUCGAUGAGGCCAUGUCCUUCGCAGAGAAACACCAGAUGUUGUUCAUGGAGACGUCUGCGCUGGACUCGACCAACGUGGAGCCGGCGUUCCAGUCUGUUAUCACAGAGAUCUUCCGUCGCCGGGCUGAGGGACGAAUGAGUCAGACACCGCGAACCACAGUCGCCCUCAGCCCCAACAGCGUCUCCAACGAUGGGGCCGUGGUGACCCCGAGUAAGAAACCCUGCUGUCAGAACAUCUGAGCUUCCCCCCGCACGGUCUGUCACUCCCAGGACUACACCACACCCCUCCCUUCCCUACACUCCCACCAGCCCUCAACCCUCCCCUCCCCUCCCCUCCCUAAAACCCCGCUCCCUCACUCCACCCUUACCCCUCCCUUCUCCAACACCACACACCAUCAACCGCAUCUCCAUACCCCACCACGUGAACCCCACAGACCUGUCAGUACUCUCCUGGUUGCAAUCUCCUCAGGAAUAUCAAGCAUGUGAUGUGUGGAGGGAGUUUCACUCUGUGUCUGACCCUGGGAGUGUGGGAUGGGACGGUGUGGAGGGAGUUUCACUCUGUGUCUGACCCUGGGAGUGUGUGAUGGGACGGUGUGGAGGGAGUUUCACUCUGUGUCUGACCCUGGGAGUGUGUGAUGGGACGGUGUGGAGGGAGUUUCACUCUGUGUCUGACCCCGGGAGUGUGUGAUGGGACGGUGUAGAGGGAGCUUCACUCUGUGUCUGACCCCGGGAGUGUGUGAUGGGACGGUGUAGAGGGAGUUUCACCUUGUGUCUGACCCCGGGAGUGUGUGAUGGGAUGGUGUAGAGGGACCAGCUCUGCUGAAUAUCCUGUAUACGAGGUGCAGAGUGAAUUACUGGCUGGUUUUCUACUUUUCUAUUAAGGUGAUGGUCAGUUAAACAUUAAUAUAUGUAUGUUAAUAUAUGUCUGGUAAUAUUUUGUGUAGCAAAUGGAAUAAAAACAAUUUCUUCUAAUUAC